GGCCGAUCUGGCCUUCUCUCCGCAGCUCACUUUGCGACCAAGAUGACGACGCACUGCGAUCGCCCGACGCUGACGCGGUUUCUGGCCAAGGCCGGGGCGCUUCCCGAAGCGCAGUUGUGUGCGACGGACGCAAGCAUGACGGUCGCCGAUGCGACCUCGACCAAGGUGCCCACAAGCUCGCAGGUCGAGGCCAUUGUGCGCAGCAGCAACUGCCGCGACUGGCUAUCCCAGCUCGAAACUCUCGCCGGAAACGAGACGUGCUUGGAGCUGCAGCUUCUGACGCGCGUGUCAUGGGACAUGGCGACUACGUAUUUGAAGGUGGCGAGCUACCCGUUGGCCGAGGACGCGUGCCCACCCACCAAAGUGCAGUCGGCGAUCUCAUCGCUCUUCACCAACGCCAACUUGAUGCCAUGCUUGUCCGUCUCCGGUCUCUACACCACGUUUGCGAUGCGGACACCGCCGAGCCAAGGACAGUUGGAGCAAGCGCGUACGAACCGGUACUGUCAAGGCCUCUACAGCGACCUGCAAGCGCUCGCAACGACGUUCCCCAACUGCAACGUGGACCAACAAGGCGUGCACAUGAACGUCCACGCGCUCGACAACGUCUCGUUCGACUCGGUCGUCGACUGGGGCGAGCUUGCAGCAGCAGCAAUGGCGGCGAAGCCGGGUCCUUUCUCGUUCGCGGAAGUGACGACGCCAAGGCCAAUGUUUGUGCUGGCGCCCUUUCUGGUCAUGGCCAUCCUCUGCGUGGCCGUACUCGCAAAGGCACGCCGCGGGCGCUGGUAUGCUUCGAGCUCCAAGGGCGAGCGUAUGCGUCUACUUGGUGACUAAGCUAAACAAUUAGCAUUUCUUAUUUCAGA